AUUUCUUCUAAAGAUAACAAAAUAUUUUCCUCUUCUUAGAAAAUUACAGUGCUGUUAUUGCGGUUCUUAAAGUAUUAGAUAUACAGUUAUACAUCCAGGAAACAUGGGGCUUGGCGUCGUUAUUGCGGCUGUUCCUCAGUCUAGUUGCUGACAAGCAGCAAACAGUGCAGAGGGACCUCCAAGGGCCACAAAGUGUUAAACAGACCACGGUCAUGGAGUGGCUAGCACCGACUUUAGAGAGGGAUCUGGGUAUUGAUCAGUGGCAGACUGGACCUAGUCAACGGCCCAAUGAACUGGUGGUCCUAGUCCCAACCCGCUGGUUGAUGGCCCUGAGAAACAAGAGAGUUACUCGCUGUGCAAGAUACGAGAGCUUCAGUGAAGGGGAAAUCUGCACUCUUCUCCAGCGUUCUCAGAUUAAAUUGCCAUCAGGUUGGACACGUGUUUGUAUCCAAGGCCUUAGAAAGCAUAAACUGGGAUACCAAUUAGCCAAGGAUCCAGACUGCCAUGGAGAGGGACUCUCCCAGGACUCGUUCAUGACUCUCAUGCAGGGAGUAUCACAGUCUAAUUUCAGAAAUCUUUGGCAUGAAGCUUACACAAAUCAUGUGCAACCAUAUUCAGAUUCUGCAGAGCAGACACAGGUUGGGGCUAUAGAUGCUGUUCGCCAAGCCUUGCAGAAACUGUUUUGCUGCAGCUUUAUCUCUACCGAUCGAGUAUCACCAUCAUUCUCUCCAGCCAAAGAGAAGGAGAAAGACUGUCCUUUCCCAUCCAGCUCUUCAGCUACCAAACAAAGUACUGACAGUUUGUGUCCAAAUGUGCUCCCUGCAGAAUGCUUGCUUGAGUCAGAGGAGGUUUUUUAUGUAGUUUUCCCUUACACGCAGUACACUGUUCAUGACAUUGUCACCUACAGUCCAGCUAAGCUGGCCAACAGUCAUGCUAAGAUAUUGUUCAUUUUGUACCAGCUACUCAUAGCAAUGCGUGAAUGUCAUGCCUCAGGGCUGUUGUGUGGGGAUCUCUCCUUACUUGACGUUGCAGUUGAUGAGCAACUCUGCAGUCGCCUCAAGAUCUCACUGGCACAUUAUGAAAGGUUCGGAGAGUACAGGAAUGCCAUGCCAUGUGCAUUGGGGAGUCAAGUGCCAACAAGUGUCACAGCAAAAGACAAUCAGAGUCUUAACAAUUAUGAGAGUGGACAUCUUUGUCAAAAUUGUCUGCAUAAGCUCAAAUCUCUGGUGCUAGACUGGGUCCAUGGCCAUGUUAGUAACUUUCAUUAUCUAAUGGAGUUAAAUAGACUGGCUGGGAGAUGUGAGGGAGACCCAAACUAUCACCCAGUUUUACCUUGGGUGGUGGAUUUCACUGUGCCGUAUGGAAGGUUCCGUGAUCUCAAGAAGUCAAAAUUCCGUCUAAAUAAGGGUGACAAACAACUGGACUUUACUUAUGAAAUGACCAAAGAGGCACUAGCGGCGGCAGCAGCUAAUAGCAGUGGUGGCAGCAAUUUUGCUUCUGAUCUUGGUGGACCAGUAGGACCUUGUGGUUCAGGACAGUCUGAUCACCUCCAUGUUCCCCAUCACAUCUCUGAUGUGCUGUCAGACAUCACUUAUUAUGUCUACAAAGCUAGACAGACACCUAAAUCUGUACUGUGCAGCCACGUUCGUUCCCAGUGGGAGCCCAAUGAAUAUCCAGCCAGUAUGGAGCGCAUUCAGAGUUGGACUCCAGAUGAAUGUAUCCCAGAAUUCUACACUGAUCCUUCUAUAUUUUGCUCUAUUCACCCAGACAUGCCAGACCUUGAUGUACCUCCAUGGUGUAACUCAUAUGAGGAGUUUAUUGCUGUGCAUAGACAGUUGCUAGAGAGCCGAGAGGUGUCUCAGCAGUUGCACCACUGGAUUGACCUAACAUUUGGCUACAAGCUCUCAGGUAAAGAAGCUGUCAAGGCAAAGAAUGUGUGCUUACAUUUGGUGGAUUACCAUACCCAUCUCACCAGCUAUGGAGUAGUGCAACUAUUUGACCACCCUCACCCACCUCGACUUGCACCUUACCAGUAUUCGCCUCCAGAACCUCCUCACUUUGGUCCUGUCAGUGUAACGACAUGGCAUAUUCCACCACUUGAGACUACAAUGGAUAGAGUGGAUGGAUUGGUCCCAGAGGCAACAGGAUGUGAAUCCAGUGGCUGGUCAAUGGUUGGCCGUGACGAUGUGCUUGAGCAAGGAAUGGAAGCCCUUGACCUAAGUGGCUCAGUAAAAGCUACUUCUGUUCCAAUUCCGUUGGUUGGUUCCUCUGGUGGAAAAACUGCCAUUGACAAUGCUGCUUUGGCCAUUUCUCCCUCUCAUGGUUCUUUCCCCGGAGAAACACCAGGAAAUGUCAAAAAUAAUCUGGGUUCCGGUAUCAGAGCAUCAACGCUUCAGAGACCUGCUCCUCUUAGUAAAAUGCCAGAGGUGUCUAAUUUUGAGGAUUUCAAGAUAAGCCUUCCAGAGGGAUUCAAACCUUCUCAGCCUUUGGAAGAGUUAGAGAAGCUUAACAACUUCCUGGUGAAAGGGCUACAUUCUCAAGUCCAGAAUACAAUGAAUCUUGAGAUGAACAAGAAUGACUUGAGACCUGUACUCAAAUCUCCUCUGUCAUUCACAGACCUUUUCCAGAGAGAUAUGCAAGCUUUGGGUGUCCUUAUCGCGGAGAUGUUUUAUUCCUCUAAACUUCAAGGAUUUGGCCCAGGCACACAUCUGAGUGACCGCUUUCAAGCAGUAUUGAAGUUGUGUUCUACAAACCUUCGUGAUGUUCCUCUACCACUUCAUCAUGCACUGGAAACACUUCUGCAGAUCCACAAGCACUCUUUUAAGACAGAAUCACUCACAUUACACUCACUAGGACUGCCAUUUCUUUUCAAGUAUGACCCUGUAUAUGAAGGUCUUCCACCACCAAACCCUUGGCAACUGCUUAGUCCUGUUCUUUCCCCUCUACCCUUUCCAGCAUAUUUCGCAACACUCCAUAGAUUCAUAUUCUCCUACCACUCCAAGAUAGACUCCAUCAACAGUGUUCAGGGUCGUGACAUUGUAUUCAAUCUAUGGCAGCAGCUGGAGACACUUCUAAAGGGUGACAUCACUGCAGAGGGACUCGAAAUUCUUUUGCCAUUUGUGCUUGCCUUGAUGUUAGAGGAGUCAACUGCAGUAUAUGCUGCCUGGUACUUAUUUGAGCCUGUGUCAAGGGUUCUUGGGCCACGCAAUGCCUCUAAGUACUUACUCAAGCCAUUGGUGGGGGUAUAUGAGAAUCCCAGAUGCCUUCGAGGUCGUUUCUACCUCUAUACAGAUUGCUUUGUGUUGCAGCUUAUUGUUAGGCUUGGCCUACAGGCAUUCCUUUCAAAUCUUCUUCCUCAUUUUCUGCAGAUCAUUACAGGAUUUGAAGGCUGCAAUAGAGGCACAGGGUCAGGGGAGGGCCUUAAAGAUUUAAGGGGAGCUGCUGGUGCCUUAGAUGAGGAAGAGGAGGACUUUGAGUGUGAGAAUGGCAGGUCGUCUGCUGCUACAUCAACUGGCAAAGUUGGAGGAGGCAGUGGAGGUGGUAGUGGAGGUGCUGUCGGAGACCAAGGACUUGUAGAUUAUUCCUCCGGCAUCAGUCUUAAUGACCAGGUUUUUCUGACUGAAGGUGAGGACUUUCAGAAUGGCUUUUAUGUUAAUAAUAGUGCAUCCGGAGCAGCAACAGGACUGGCUGCUAAACAGCUGAGCCAAAGCUUUGUAAACAAAGACCAAGACCAGGAAUCUCUCAGUGUGGGGAAGCUCAGUGACAAAAGCAGUGCUAGUGAGGUGUCCAUUGGUGACCGUGCAAGUUUAAAGUCUGUUGACAGCAGUCAUGAUCUGAAGCAAGCUAGUGAUGGUGAGGAUGGUGGAGAGCUUGAGGAUGAGGAGGAGACCGGAGAUGACAGACAGAUUACAGUUCAGCGUGUGCCCAGUAUAGAGAUGACUCUUUCAGUCUGCACAGAGGACUCUGAGGGAACUGUGGCUACUCUUGAGGGAGACAUCAUGAAUGGAAUGUUGCAAGGAGAUGCAGAGAAAAACAUGGAGGAAGAAGACAAUGAACAUGACACUUUAGAGGAUUCUGAAGAAAAAGAACACAAGAUAUUGUUAGAUACUGUUUGCAAAACUGUUAGGUGGCUGUCUGCAAAACUGGGGCCAACAUUGACAUCUCGAUACAUAGCUAGGCACCUGCUGCGGUUCCUUACUUCCUGCUACAUAGGUCCUGAAAAACACCAGUUUGUGUUAUCUGGGAAUGAGGAGAAUAGCCUUGAGAGUGUUGGAAGUGUGUAUGAGAAGAAGCCAGUUGUUGGUGACCAGACUGCACGACCAGUCCUUGAGAGUCUUAUUUACAUGGCGCAUCUCUACGGAGAACCAGUGUUGACUUACCAAUAUCUCCCCUACAUAGGUUACCUGGUCUCUCCACCUCAGUCUUGUCGCUUAAACACUCGAAAGGAGGCAGGGCUUUUGGCCGCAGUGGUACUCACUCAAAAGAUUAUAGUGUUCCUGUCAGACACCACUCUGAUGGACAUGCUGAUGAAGAUUAACCAGGAGGUUCUGCUGCCUCUUCUGGAUUUGUUAACCUCAGCUAAAAUGGGCUUUCCCAGUGGAGUGCAGACUCAUUCUGCUGUGUGUUUGAAGACCCUGAGCCUCAUGGCACUGAUCUGCCUCCGUAUUGGCCGAGAGAUGAUACAGCAGCACAUGGCAGAAACACUCUGCAGGUUCUUCCAGGUUUUCUCCUUAUUGCACAGUCUACAAAAUCAGCUGGGAAGUGCCCCACGUAGGGAGGUUGGAGACAGCACAUACCUGGAUGUAUGCGUUCCAGAUGGAACAAUAGUUACUUGUGAGCUUGGAGUUUUGGAGCAACUCCAGGCUGUGUUUAAUCCUGAAAUGGCUUAUGCAUCUUACAUUCCAUUCUACUGUCUCAUUGGUGAUGCAGCGAUUCGCAAACUAGUUCCCAACCACGAGCUUGUAUGGAGCCUGGCACAAUCAUUUCAUGAGAGAGCAAGUCCAGGUAGCCCGGAAUCCAACCCACCUGGAGGCCAAAAAGCAUCCACUAUGGGCUUGUCUCCUAGUAUGCGCCGCCAGAUGGGGCGUAGUCCCAUUCCUGCUCCCUCCUCCACUUCCACACCACUAGGUGGAGACAUCAUGCCUGAGUCAGGUACUUUUGGCAGCCAUCUAGUUGGAAACCGUAUCCAGGUACCCCGGGACACUGAGAUCUGUGGGAGUCCUAACUUGUCCUCUGUAGAAACAUGGGGAUGGCCUUAUGGUAGCCAUGCUCCUCAGUUGAGUCUAGCCACCACUGCAUUUUCCUCAGCCGGACCUUCCUUCUCUCUUUCCUCAUCCUCCUGGGUCAUGGGACCCACUCCAGAGGAUAGCGCCCUGAAACAGGACCUCUCUCGCAGUAGCCGCUCCUUACAGGGUAACUGGCUUGCAUACUGGCAGUAUGAGAUUGGUCUGAACCAGCAUGACUCGCACUUCCAUUUUCACCAGAUCCGACUUCAGAGUUUCCUGGGCCACUCGUGCACAGCUAAGUGUCUUUCCCCACUAGCAGGGGAAGACUACUUCUUGUCCGGGAGUAAAGACAAAACAGUGAAGCUGUGGCCGCUAUAUAACCACGGCGAUGGCACACGAGAUGUUAAACCACGGCUCACGUACACAGAACACCGCAAAUCUGUGUUUUACGUUGGGCAGCUCGAAGCCUUGCAGGAAGUAGUGAGCUGUGAUGGCACUGUGCAUCUCUGGGAUCAAUUCACAGGUAAAAAUAUUCGUUGUAUUGAAGCUCUGGAUGGGAAGAACCCUAUCACGGCUGUCGCCACUAUGCCUGCUCCUCACUGCAGUGUCAUGUUUGCCAGUGCCGACUCUGUGCUCCGUUUCAUAGACCCACGCAAACCUGGCUUACAGCAUGAGUUCCGCCUGGCUUACAGUAACAUGAGCGCAGGGCUGAUCCGCUGCCUGGCUGUCAGCCCUGGUGGACGCACUGUGGCGGCAGGUUUCUCCACUGGAUUCAUAGUGCUAUUAGAUGCAAGAACAGGUCUUGUGCUUAGAGGCUGGCCUGCUCAUGAGGGCGAUAUACUGCAAAUGAAGGCAGCAGAGGGAAAUUUGCUGAUUAGCUCCUCUUCAGACCACACAUUGUCUGUUUGGAAGGAUGUGGAGCAUAAGCCCCUGCACCAGUACAGAACUCCAUCUGACCCUAUCCAUGCAUUUGAUCUUUAUGGUGCUGAGAUUGUGGCAGGCACCGUUGCCAACAAGAUUGGGGUGUAUUCCAUUCUGGACAACACAGCCAACCUGGCAGGAUGCACCAAACUCAGCUCAGAAAACUUUCGUGGGACCCUCACAAGUUUGUCUGUGCUGCCUACCAAGAGACUUCUACUGCUCGGUUCUGAGAAUGGUGCCAUCAGGCUACUGGCUUAAACUAAAUCUUUAAAGUAUUUUAAGGUCCUGCUAUUGUGUUGCUUUUUCAGAAGACUAUAUUCUCCCUGUGCCACAAUGAAACAAGCUUGAUAUGCCAACCAUGCACAAUGAAAUUUGCUUCAUAGAGGUAGCAAGCCUGAUAUUUAGAUUUUAACCUCUCUGAAAGAGGACUUAAAACCUCACUCUUUAGUAACUGACCAAAACUGAAUAUUGCCUAUAAUUCUUACAAUCAACAUUUUUACAAAAUUGAAUUUUUAAUGUUUAUGUAUAACUUAUAACUGCACUAGCUGCUGUUUGUAUCUAAUGAUCAACUUUGUAUUUGGAUUGUAGAUCCAAGUGUGGUCCUAGUGUAGUGUUAUCUAAUCACCACACUGAGAUUCACUGGUCAGACCUUGUUAAUCAUAUCACAUGAUUCCAUUCACCAGACUUACUUAGCAACUAUGCAGUAUUAAUGGUAGACAUUUAUAAUGCUCCAUAUUUUGGCACCUUCUUUUUUUUUACAACGCAAUUCAUUUCUACAUCAAUGGACAAUACUGAAUAGAUGAACGUGAUCAAAAUGUGAAUUUGGUCAAGUCCAAGAUGACUCCUCUUUUUGUUACUGUACACUGAUUGUAAGUUUAAACUCCAGAUAUGCAAAGGAGUACUUCCUGAAUCCUGUGCUUGGACCUUCUGCUAGACUAUAUAGAUAAAUUUGAUACUGUAUUAACCUUAUCUUGAAUGAUGUAGUAAUUCACCCUUGAUUGUCAUAUCAACCCCUUGUCAAAUGACAGAUGUUACAUUUUACACACAAAUAUGUAUGUUUGUAUAUACAUACACACAUUUAUAUAAUGUGUAUGUAUGUAUGUAUGUAUGUAUACAUGUAUACACACUCUCACCUAAAGGAUUAUUAGGAACACCAUACUAAUUCUGUGUGUGACCCCCUUUCGCCUUCAGAACUGCCUUAAUUCUACGUGGCAUUGAUUCAACAAGGUGCUGAAAGCAUUCUUUAGAAAUGUUGGCCCAUAUUGAUAGGAUAGCAUCUUGCAGUUGAUGGAGAUUUGUGGGAUGCACAUCCAGGGCACGAAGCUCCCGUUCCACCACAUCCCAAAGAUGCUCUAUUGGGUUGAGAUCUGGUGACUGUGGGGGCCAUUUUAGUACAGUGAACUCAUUGUCAUGUUCAAGAAACCAAUUUGAAAUGAUUCGAGCUUUGUGACAUGGUGCAUUAUCCUGCUGGAAGUAGCCAUCAGAGGAUGGGUACAUGGUGGUCACAAAGGGAUGGACAUGGUCAGAAACAAUGCUCAGGUAGGCUGUGGCAUUUAAACGAUGCCCAAUUGGCACUAAGGGGCCUAAAGUGUGCCAAGAAAACAUCCCCCACACCAUUACACCACCACCACCAGCCUGCACAGUGGUAAAAAGGCAUGAUGGAUCCAUGUUCUCAUUCUGUUUACGCCAAAUUCUGACUCUACCAUCUGAAUGUCUCAACAGAAAUCGAGACUCAUGAGACCAGGCAACAUUUUUCCAGUCUUCAACUGUCCAAUUUUGGUGAGCUCUUGCAAAUUGUAGCCUCUUUUUCCUAUUUGUAGUGGAGAUGAGUGGUACCCGGUGGGGUCUUCUGCUGUUGUAGUCCAUCCGCCUCAAGGUUGUGCGUGUUGUGGCUUCACAAAUGCUUUGCUGCAUACCUCGGUUGUAACGAGUGGUUAUUUCAGGCAAAGUUGCUCUUCUAUCAGCUUGAAUCAGUCGGCCCAUUCUCCUCUGACCUCUAGCAUCAACAAGGCAUUUUCAGCCCACAGGACUGCCGCAUACGGGAUGUUUUUCCCUUUUCACACCAUUCUUUGUAAACCCUAGAAAUGGUUGUGCGUGAAAAUCCCAGUAACUGAGCAGAUUGUGAAAUACUCAGACCGGCCCGUCUGGCACCAACAACCAUGCCACGCUCAAAAUGGCUUAAAUCACCUUUCUUUCCCAUUCUGACAUUCAGUUUGGAGUUCAGGAGAUUGUCUUGACCAGGACCACACCCCUAAAUGCAUUGAAUCAACUGCCAUGUGAUUGGUUGAUUAGAUAAUUGCAUUAAUGAGAAAUUGAACAGGUGUUCCUAAUAAUCCUUUAGGUGAGUGUGUGUGUGUGUGUGUGUGUGUGUAUAUAUAUAUAUAUAUAUAUAUAUAUAUAUAUAUAUAUAUAUAUAUAUAUAUAUAUAUAUAUAUCUGUACUUACAGUGUAUAUACACUCACCGACCACUUUAUUAUUAUUCAUGUGAUUACACCUGCUGCCACACAAUUGGCUGAUUGGAUCAUGUAUAAAAUCAUGCAGAUAUGGGUCAGAAGCUUCAGUUAAAGUUCACAUCAACCAUCAGAAUGGGGGAAAAAUAUGAUCUCAGUGAUUUCGACUGUGGCAUGAUUGUUGGUGACAGACAGGCUGGUUUGAGUAUUUCAGUAACUGCUGAUCUCCUGGGAUUUUCAGGCACAGCAGUCUCUAGAGUGUAAGGAACUGGUGCGAAAAGCAAAAAACAUCCAAUGAGCUUCAGUUCUGUGGAUGGAAACAUCUUGUUGAUGACAUGUCAACAAAGAAUGGCAAAGGCUAUGGUGACACAGAUAAUCCCUCUGUACAAUAGUAAGCAGUAUAGCAUCUCAGAAUGCACAACGUGGCGAACCUUGAGGUGCAUGGGCUACAAAAGCAGAAGACCACGUUGGGUGGACCACGUUCCUCUUCUGUCAACCAAGAACAGAAAACUGAGGCUGCAGUGUACCUACCAAUUGUGUACCUCCAGAUAUGUCAGACCAGGUGAUGUUUUUCCAAUCAUCUAUUGUCCAGAUUUGGUGAGCCUGUGCCCACUGCAACCUCAGUUUCCUGUUGUAAGCCGACAGUAGUGCUACCCAGAGGGGUCUUCUGCUGCUGUAGCCCAUCAGCCUCAAUGUUUGACGUGUUGUAUGUUCAGAAAUAAUUUUCUGCAUAGCUCUGUUGUUACCCGUGUUUGUUUGGGUUACUGUCACAUUCUUGCCAGCUUGGACCAGUCUGGCCAUUCUCCUCUGACCUCUGUCAUGAACAAGCCAAUUUCGCUCACAGAACUACCACUUACGGGGUGGUUUUUUUUUUGUUUUUCACACCAUUCUCCUUACACUCUAGAGUCUAGAGACUGUUUUCUGUGAAAAUCCCAGGAGAUCAGCAGUUACAGAAAUGCUCAAACCAGCCCGUCUUGCACCAACAAUUAUACCACAGUCCAAAUCACUGAGAUCACAUUUUCCCCAUUCUGAUGGUUGAGAAUCCUGACCCAUAUCUGUGUGAUUUUAUACAUUACACUUCUGCCACACAAUUGGCUGAUUCGAUAAUUGCAUGAUUAAGUAGAUGUACAGGUGUAACUAAAAAGUGGCUGGUGAGUGUGUAUAUUAUAAACUCAGCAAAAAAAAGAAACGCCCCUUUUUCAUUAAUUUUUUAAAAAUCCAAAUAAUUUUACAGUUCUUUAUUGUAAAGGGUUUAAACAAUGUUUUCCAUGCUUGUUGAAUGAAUGAAAAACUUUAUUUCAAAUAGGUCAAAUGAACCAUAAACAAUUAAUCAACAUGCCCCUGUGGAAUGGUCGUUUAGACACUAACAGCUUCCAGAUGGUUGGCAAUUAAGGUCACAGUUAUAAAAACUUAGGACACUAAAGAGGCUUUCUACUUACUCUGAAAAACACCAAAAGAAAGAUGCCCAGGGUCCCUGCUCAUGUGUGUGAACGUGCCUUAUGCAUGCUGCAUGGAGGCAUGAUGACUGCUGAUGUGGCCAGGGCAAUAAAUUGUAAUGUCCUUACUGUGAGAUGCCUAAGACAGUGCUACAGGGGGACAGGAAGGACAGCUGAUCAUCCUCGCAGUGGCAGACCAUGUGUAACAACACCUGCGGGACAGGUACAGAAUAGCAACAACAACUGCCCGAGUUACACCAUGAUUGCACAAUCCCUCCAUCAGUGCUCAAACUGUCCGCAAUAGGCUGAGAGAGGCUGACUGAGGGAUUGUAGGCCUGUUGUAAGGCUGGUCCUUCCCAGGCAUCACCAGCAACAAUGUCGCCUGUAGGCACAAACCCACCUUUGCUGGAGAAGACGACACAAAAAGUGCUCUUCACUGACGAGUCGUGGUUUUGUCUCACCAGGGGUGAUGGUCUGACUCACGAUUAUAGUCGAAGGAAUGAGCGUUACACCGAGGCCUGGGGCGGUGUGUCAUAGCAUCAUCGGACUGAGCUUGUUGUCAUUGCAGGUAAUCUCAACGAAGACAUCCUCCUCCCUCAUGUGGUACCCUUCCUGCAGGCCCAUCCUGACAUGACCCUCCAGCAUGACAAUGCCACCAGCCAUACUGCUCGUUCUCUGCAUGAUUUCCUUCAAGACAGGAAUGUCAGUGUUCUGCCAUGGCCAGCAAAAAGCUCUGAUCUCAGUCCCAUUGUUUAAUGCAGACUGUUACUUUUGAUAUGCAACAAUUAUGAAUAGAUAUGAACUAGGAGAUUCAUUUUUAAUUUAUUUCCAGAAUGCUUCAUGUGAAUCAUUGCUGUCUCCAAGCAUUCCAGAGUAUUCUGUAAGAAUUCUUUCUUACUACUGAAACAAACAUGAUGGCACUCUUAAUUCCCUUCUGCUCUAUGUAACCCACUAGUUGCCAAGGUUGGUGCAUAUUGGCUUUUAAAUUAUGAAUACUGAUAUGAUUUCUAAUUGAUUCAAGCCUGGAUUAUCUAGUUUUACAAGUUUUCUCAUUUUAGCUUUGAAAAUCACUUUCAUGUGCAUACUGCAACUUUUUUUUGUGUUUUGUUACUAAAUAUAUAGGUUUUAAUUGAGUCCCCGAUAGUGAAUUUGAAAGCUGAAAAUUGGGUUAUGCCAUUUUUAAUUUACCAUUUUGAUAAAUCUGAUUCAUAGUAAAACUGACAUUUGUGAUCAACAUACUUUUGUAUAUUACAGAUGCCACAUUAAUAAUAUAGCACACACACAAACGCAUGCAUCAUUGUCCACAACUCUUGCAUUGCAUUAUGAGUAUUUUUGUUUUCUUUUUUACUUUUAAACUGACUAUUUUAUAUAUACUCACUAAAAUAAACAUUUUCAAUUAUUAAAA